CUCUCCUACCGGCAACGUGGCAGGUCUACACACUUGAGAGCUGUAACUUUUCCUGCUGCAAACUACAACUAAAGAAGGCGGCAGUAAAAUCAAAAUGACACAGAAGGACUAACGGUAUUCUAUUGAUUCUAAUCAGACUGAACAUGGACGUGAUUUCAUGUUUUCCUUUGUGGGACAGCAGCUGUCAAACUCCUCAGGGCGGGCUCCUCUGUUUACCUUUAGCUCUCUGAGAACACACAAGCUGUGAUACAGAGCAAAUACAGCGGAGAUGAAGGAUUAUACACAUUUAUAAACAGGAAGACUUGCAAACUCCACCUUCCUGUUAUUUCAAGGGGCCAUCAUGGAUCACAGAGGUCAUCCCCGGCCUGACUCUGGUCGUCACUCCCACAGGGCCAAAGACAGAGAGGAUUACUACAGGUACUCUCAGCAGGAUGGGAACCAGGGCUACGCACCACCAGAGCCCAGGGAGAGGGACAGGCACUGGGCUCAUGCUGAUGCUCACUACAGGAGUCAUUACAGCAGCCCUCCUGUCAGGCCGGAGCAGCAUCCUUACAACAGUCAGCAGUAUCAAUAUGGCUAUGGAUAUAUGGAGCACCAAAGACCACAGUCCAGGCAUGGGUAUGACUAUCCCCCCCACAGUCAUUGGGACUACAGAGACCACCACAGUUAUUAUGAUUAUUACGAUCGUGACUACUAUAGAGGACAACAUGGACGACAAGAUGCCGGGCAGUGGGGUCACCACGACUCUUGGAACAGAACGGAGAGUUAUCACGACGAAGCGUACAGGCACGAACAGUCUGGGAGCACCCAAACGGACGAGUACAGCUUUGACCAAGGGAGAGUCAACUCACAGCAUUACUUCAAAGACUACAACACUAAUCCACCCAGAGACAAGGAGGAGUUCUCCUAUUACCAGGGGACUUUAGAAAGUUCCAAAAACUCAGGGAUGUCCUCCAGUAGCUGCGAACUGAGUCAGUACAUGAAUGGAGCUGAACACAGUGAGCUUGUAACACAGUAUCCUCCCACAUCUGAUGCAGUGCAUCUGAUGUCGGCUCCUCUGAAGUUCUCCAUCCCUCACGCAGUGGUAAGUUUUGGACCUGCAGGCCAGCUCAUACGUGUCAGUCCCGGUCUGUCCACUCAGGAGAACGUCAGCCAGCUGGAAAUUCACAGUAUGGAGGUGAUUCUGAGUGACACAAAGGAACAGCAGGAGAUGAGAAACUUCCCAGGGCCCUUGACCAGGGAAGAUUUGCACAAAGUAGAUGCUAUGGAGUUUGCCCACCAGAGGGCAGGGGCCUGCAUGAGAGAUGACACACUGCAUGAUAAGAGAUCUGCUGCCCUCUUGUGGAAUCUACUGAUACUGCUCUGCAGGCAGAAUGGACAAAUCGUCGGCUCAGAUAUCGCAGAGCUGCUGAUGCAGGGUUCACAUGCAGAUGGAAGCUGGGUGGCAGAAGCUCCCACGCUGAUCGACUUUGAUGAGAGCUCAAAGGCUGAAGAGCCUCCUCAGAAAGGAGAUGAUCUGCUCACAGGAGACUGUAGCAGCUUCAGCUCAGAAACGUCUGAAAAAGCCCUGCAGAGCUACACCAAACUACUGCUAUCUGGAAGAAAGAAGGAAGCCUUAGAGUCAGCUAUGAGCAGUGGCCUGUGGGGACAUGCGCUUUUUCUGGCCAGCAAAAUGGACAACAGGUCCUACACCACUGUGCUGAGCAGGUUUACUGGACAGCUAACAGCCAGUGACCCCCUCCAGACGCUCUUCCAGCUGCUGUCUGGUAGAAUUCCUGCUGCAGCAAUGUGCUGUGGGAGUGAAAAAUGGGGAGACUGGAGGCCCCACCUGGCUGUCAUGCUCUCCAAUGAGACAGGAGACCCCAUUGUCCAACUGAAGGCCAUAGUCACCAUGGGAGACACUCUUGCCUCCAAAGGCCUCAUACAUGCGGCCCACUUCUGCUACCUGACAGCCGGUGUUCCUUUUGGGGUGUUCCCACAGAAGGCAGAGAGACUCGUACUCCUCAGUAGCAGCCACAGGAAGUCUUUUCAACACUUUGCAUCAAACUCUGCCAUCCAGUGCACUGAGCUGUAUGAAUACUGCCAAACACUUGGAGGAAAAUGGUUUUCAAUACCGACUUUUCAGGUGUUCAAGUUCCUGUACGCCUGUCGCCUGCUGGACUGUGGACUGGCUUCUCAGGCCUUUCAUUACUGUGAGGUGGUUGGACAGGCCAUCCUCAGACAGAGAGAGCCUUUCUAUGUGCUGAUUGCAGAGGUUAUUAAGCUGUCAGACAGGCUGAGACACUACGAGGGUCAGUUCAAUGAUACAGGGGUGAGCGGAGCUGGACAGGAACCCGACUGGCUGAAACAUCUUCGUGACAGGCUGCACAGGUUACAGACAGGGAGUUAUGACUCUGCAGAAACAUACCAGCCUGGGGGAAGUGCUCUAACCCAUGAGGACAGCAAAGCUUACUCAGAGUCAGACUUUCAUGACCAAAGAAGUGAUAUCCAGAGUCCAGAGCCUGAACUCCUUUAUUACAGAGGCCGGGAGGAGCAAGAAGACCCCUGGCAUCAAGAUGAAGGACACCCUGUGGAGACGUCAGCUUCCUCAUGGGAGGCUAAAGGAGCACAGGACUGGCCGUCCGCCAGUCAUCCCAUGCCAGUAACAGUGGUUUAUGCUCCCCCAGUGCAAACAGUGGCAGCGGGCCAGGACUUCAGUUGUCAUAACACAGAUAGUGCUGAAGUCAGAACUGCUUUUCCACAUUGUCCUCAAAAUAAUCCCCCAUCAGCAGCUGAGGGGCCUGGGUUUUCUUCUGUAGCAAACACGAUGGGGGGUCAGAUGCUGGACAUCUCCACCACUCAGCAGGAGCAGAGGAAGCAGAGCAUCCCACAACAUUUAGAACCCUCAGAGGUGACCAACGAGCCCUCGAAACAGAGCACCAAGGGGGGCUGGUUCAGUGGCUGGUUCAAAUCAAAACCCAAAGACGCUCCAAAGGAGGGUACAGAGCAGGGAAGCCCAGCGCAGACAAUGCUUCAACCCAGUGCUGGCUUCUGCCCUCCUCCACCACCUGCCACUGUCUCUCCUGGUAUGUUUCCACCCCAGUCUUCCUCUGCAGGGAUCAAUCCAUUUUCAAGGAAAGCAGGUCAGCAGCUGGGGUAGUGACCACUAACUUGCAAUACAGGAUCACGGACACCUUUAAAACUGAAGCUAGAGUGUUUCACCACAUGUCUAAGUGAACCCAUGUGAGAGCCCACCUACGUCGCUCUGAGCACAUCUUUUUUAAGGAUACCCUUUUAAACAGCUAGCUGCAACACCAUCAUGUUGCAUUUUGGAUACAGAAAUACUCUGGAUGUGCCAGCUUAAGUAACUCAGAUUGCAGAGACAUAUAUUGCAGAAACAGCUGAGGUAUGCUUCCUUAAAGCUGACAGGAGGGAAAUUACCGGUGUAUAUUUUGUCAGAUAUACUUGGGGGAAGGGGCAUCUUAAUUGACCCCAAUAACCAUGUAGGUUUGAGGGACUUGACUUGGAGCUGCAGUGUUGCAGGGGAAAUUUUGGGACUACCGCUGUGACCAUGGUUGGAACUGCUCUAUGAAAUCAGACUCUCAUACUUCAGGUCACAUAAAUAAUUAUCAAACACAUGAGCUGCAAAAAGCAUCUCAUUUUCAUUUAUUUUAAGAGGCAUAAAUCCAUUACACACAUUUCAUCAAAUCAAAUAUAUUUGCAAUUAAGAUGCUAAAAAUAGAAACCAAAUUUACUCUACAAAGCUGUAAGACCAGAUUGCAUUCUGAUAUUGCAAGGGAAGUAAGAAUAGCAUAUUUUAAUGAUUAUUUUUAUAGUUUUUGUAAAUUUUCACAUUGCUGUGUUGCCUGAUGGGUGAUGACUGCUGACACAGAUCCGGCCAGCAGACAUUUAUGGGACCAAGCUAUUUAUGUGCUGAAAAAAGUACAUUAUAUAAAUGCCUGUGUACAACAAAGCUUAAAUGUAUAUAAAGAAAUGAUCGAGAAUUAUAUGGUAAAUAUGCUGUAAUGUAACUGAGAUUUUUGUAUGCUUUAAGCCUUUGUGCUAAAUGUUUAACAAUACAUGUGUUUGUUUUUUUACCACUGCACCAGCCUGUGACACUUAUCAUCAGUGUAAUUUUAUAUGAAUACUUUCUCACUAUAAUUAAAUAUUUUAUCCAUA